AUGACAGGUCUCAACCAAUUCACACGUGACAUCGAAUUAAUGACGACUGUACGACCAAACUGGUACUGGCGCAUCACUUGGCUAGCAAUAACUCCACUCACUGCUAUUGGACUGAUUAUCUUCAAAAUUAUCACAGACACGCCGAUCACCCUGAACUCAUACGUCUACCCGGAAUGGGCGCAAGCCUGCGGCGUGUUAAUCGGCGUCUUUCCCGUUGUCUGCAUCCCAGCCUGGUUCAUGUUCAAGUACUGCCGUGAAGGUGGAUGGAUAGUAUUACGUGAACUCGUCAAACCUGCAUACACCUGGGGUCCGGCUCUGGAUGAACACCGAAACGAGUUCUUAAGCCGGGUACAUGUGCGUGCUCAACGGAAGAACCAACAGGUCUUGGAUACCAAUGAAAGCAAACGAUCUACAUCGCAACUAAACGUCAGUGGUAGCAACUUCAACUCUAGGGCCUGUCUGCAAACAAUACCCUCCAGUAUGAAUAUUAACGCAACACAAACAGGCGAGCCAGACUUCUUCCAAAGCAAAUUAAACAUUGCCGAGAAGAUGACGAAUGCUCACGCGAAGGACUUGGGAAAGCGCGGAGGACCCUGCACCGCUAAUCCACCCGAAGAUCUCGCGGCAGCACCGGCAGGUGCUUCUGAGGCUGCGAACAAAGUAAGUUCAACUAAAUAA